CUCUGUUUAUUUACCUCGUUUAUUAGUCUUCCCCAACUCGAGUCCAUUUCUGGAUCUGAGAUUGAUUGGAUUUCUCAUUUAAUUUCGUUCCCCAUUUCAGUUGCUCUCCAAAUGCCUGAAGGAUUAACAAUGUUUGCCUGUUUAAUUGCCGAUAUUUUAGAAAAAUAUACUCAAAAUGUUGAAUUUAUAAUUUUGGGGGAUGUUACUUACGGAGCUUGUUGUGUAGAUGAUUAUACGGCUAGGGCUUUGGGUUGUGAUUUGCUUGUACAUUAUGCACAUAGUUGCUUGGUCCCAAUACAACACACAAUUGGAAUUCAUUUACUUUAUGUUUUUGUCAAUAUAGAUAUCCAAAUAACACAUUUUUAUGAUACAAUAAAACAAAAUUUUAAUUUAAACAAAAAUUCUUUAAAAAUUGCUUUAGCAGCCAAAAAACAAUUAGAAAAGGAUGGUUUUCAAAUAAUUAUACCUCAAGCUAAUCCUCUUAGUCCCGGAGAACUUUUGGGGUGUACAUCGCCUAAAUUAUCUGAUGAUGUUUCUGCUAUAAUUUAUCUGGGUGAUGGCCGUUUCCAUUUAGAAUCAAUAAUGAUUCACAAUCCAAAAAUCCCAGCAUAUCAAUAUAAUCCCUAUUCACAUGAAUUUACUAUUGAAAAAUAUGGUUUUGAAAUGUUACUUUCAAAUAGACAAAAAGCUAUUGAAAUUGCUAGAAAAUCAAAAAGAAUUGGUUUAAUUCUUGGAACUUUGGGGAGACAGGGAAAUAUUAAAAUAUUUGAGGUAAUUUGUGGAAUUGAAUAA